AUGAUGUUCACCGAGUUCGCACUUAGCUCUACGCUUGUCGUUGCCCUUGCCCUUGCUCUUCCGGCAAAUGCAGCACCUCAACAUAUGUCCAAACGCACAACCGAGCUCAGCUUGACCGCUCAGCUGCAACUCGCGGACACUGCUGUCGAUCGCUACAAGCUUCUUUCGAAGGAUGAAGACUUUGUCUAUGAUUUCACAAAAAACAGAGACACCCCGUUCGCCAACCGCAAGACCUUCCCAGCCCUUGUUGGUUAUGGUGCCUCCAUGAGUAUCGCGCAACUGCCAGCGUGCAGCAUGGCCUUCCUUCACCUACACCCUCGUGCUACCGAGCUCUUCGCCCUUAACUCUGGCCGUGUGAUCACCGAAAUGGUACCCGAGGGGAUGGUCCUUGGCUCCGAUGGCAAGCAACGGGUCAUCCGUACAGAGCUCCACCCCGGAAUGAUGACUAUCUUCCCGGCCGGUUCGUUCCACACGCAAGUGAAUCCGGACUGUGAGCCUGCCAAUAUUACGGCAGCAUUCACGGCUGAGGACCUUGGACUUUCUCUGGUCGCGGAUGAGACAUUUUCCCUCCCCGAUGAUGUGAUUGCUAGGACAUUUGGGCAGAGUAUUGCCGGUGAAGAUAUUGACCGUGUGAGGGAUGCUAUCCCGGGGUAUACCCUUAUCACUGUUGAGGAGUGUUUGACCAAGUGCGGUAUUAAGAAACGCCAAGUUUGA